AUGAUGAAAGACAAACACCUGGUGCGUCACCUGGACGCCUGUGAGACCAUGGGCAACGCUACGGCCAUCUGCUCGGACAAGACGGGCACGCUGACCAUGAACCGCAUGACGGUGGUGCAGGCCUAUGUGGCCGACAAGCACUACCGCAACGUGCUGAUGCCCAGCUCAUCUCCGCCCAUCAUGGAACUGUCCUGGGCAUCAGCGUCAACAGCCUACACCACCAACAUUAUGUCUCCGGAGAAGGAAGGAGGUCUGCCGCGCCAGGUGGGCAACAAAACCGAAUGUGCCUUGCUGGGCUUCGCUAAUGACCUGAAGCGUGACUACCAGGCCAUCCGCAACGAUCCUGAGGAGAAGCUCUACAAGGUCUACUUCAACUCCUGCAGGAAGUCCAUGAGCACCGUGCUGAAGAACGCCGACGGGAGCUUCCGCAUGUUCAGCAAGGGAGCCUCCGAGAUCCUCCUCAAGAAGUGUUCUAAGCUUCUGACAGCGAGCGGCGAGACCAAGGUGUUUCGUCCCCGGGACAGAGAGGACAUGGUGAAGAAGGUGAUUGAGCCCAUGGCCUCAGAGGGCCUGCGCACCAUCUGCCUGGCCUACCGCGACUUCCCUGUCUCGGAGGGCGAGCCUGACUGGGACCAGGAGAACYACAUCCUCACCAGCCUGACCUGUGUAUGUGUGGUGGGCAUCGAGGACCCAGUCAGACCCGAGGUCCCGGACGCCAUCAAGAAAUGUCAGCGUGCCGGGAUCACGGUACGCAUGGUAACCGGGGACAACAUCAACACGGCCCGCGCCAUCGCCUCCAAGUGUGGCAUCCUGCAGCCCGGAGACGAGUUCCUGUGCAUGGAAGGCAAGGAGUUCAACCGACGGAUCCGCAACGAGAAGGGAGAGAUUGAACAAGAGCGCAUUGAUAAGAUCUGGCCAAAACUCAGAGUACUUGCACGAUCCUCACCCACCGACAAGCACACAUUAGUCAAAGGUAUCAUCGACAGUACGGUCUUAGAACAGAGGCAGGUAGUAGCAGUCACAGGAGACGGCACCAACGACGGGCCCGCCUUGAAGAAAGCUGAUGUCGGCUUCGCCAUGGGUAUCGCCGGCACAGACGUGGCCAAGGAGGCAUCUGACAUCAUCCUGACGGACGACAAUUUCAGCAGCAUCGUCAAGGCAGUGAUGUGGGGCCGCAACGUCUACGACAGCAUCUCCAAGUUCCUCCAGUUCCAGCUCACCGUUAACGUAGUGGCCGUCAUCGUGGCCUUCACCGGCGCCUGCAUCACGCAGGACUCUCCUCUGAAAGCUGUCCAGAUGCUGUGGGUGAACCUGAUCAUGGACACUUUUGCCUCCCUGGCCCUGGCCACUGAGCCCCCCACUGAGUCUCUACUGCUGAGGAAGCCGUACGGCCGCAACAAGCCCCUCAUCUCCCGCACCAUGAUGAAGAACAUCCUUGGCCACGGAGUCUACCAGCUCAUCCUCAUCUUCACYCUGCUCUUCGUAGGUGAGCAGAUCUUUGACAUCGAGGGGCGGUACGCACCCCUCCACUCGCCUCCCUCAGAGCACUACACCAUUAUUUUCAACACCUUCGUCCUCCUGCAGCUCUUCAACGAGAUCAACGCCAGAAAGAUCCACGGCGAGCGAAACGUCUUCGACGGCAUCUUCAACAACCUCAUCUUCUGCUCCAUCGUCUUUGGCACCUUUAUCAUCCAGAUAGUCAUAGUGCAGUGGGGAGGCAAACCUUUCAGCUGCGUGGGCCUGAGCAUCGACCAGUGGCUAUGGUGCACCUUUCUGGGCUUUAGCAGUCUCCUCUGGGGUCAGCUGAUCUCAUCCAUCCCCACCAAAAGUCUGAGGUUCCUGAAGUCUGCCGGCCACGGCACCCAGAGGCAGGAGAUCCCUGACGAGGAGCUGGAGGACAUGGAAGAAAUGGAGGAGAUCGACCAUGCCGAGCGCGAGCUGCGCCGUGGACAGAUCCUCUGGUUCAGGGGCCUCAACCGCAUCCAGACUCAGAUGGAUGUAGUGAGUGCCUUCCAGAGCGGAAGCUCCUUUCAGGAGCGCCAGCUAAGGCGGCAGCCCUCCACCUCCAGCCAACAACAGCACGAUAUUCGGGUGGUGAAUGCAUUCCGCAGCUCCCUGUCCCCCUAUGAGGGGCUGGAGAAGCCAGAGUCACGCAGCUCCAUCCACAACUUCAUGACCCACCCAGAGUUCAGGAUAGAGGACUCGGAGCCCUCCAUCCCCCUCAUCGACGACACCGACGCCGAGGACGAUGCCCCCACCAAGCGCAACUCCGCKUCCCCCCGCAACGUCACGCCUACCCCUCCUUCCCCGUCACUCUCGCCGACGCCCUCGCCCAACCAGAACAAUAAUGCAGUGGAGAGCGGCGGCAACAACCACCUCUACGUGGAGGGCAACAAGGCAGCAGGGACCCCCUCGGCCCCAGGGAGCCCCUUACACAGCCUGGAGACCUCCCUCUGAUUCUGAGCCAACCCUCAGCCACUACUAUUACCACCACAGCCACUUUUCUACCCACGACGAGGAGCUCGCCUCGGAGGAGGAGCGAUGGCAGAGGAGAAGAGGAAAGAAGGGGUAGAAGGGAGAGUCUUCUGUAAGCUURGAGCUUGUGCUGGACUGAAACGAGCAAACAUUCUCGAAUGUAGGGUUUGGUUUUGAUUUUUUUAUUUAAUUAGAAUUUAUUUUUGUUCUUAAAAAUACCCCUCUGGCAACGCGAGGGCUUCUUUUGUCUCCACCCCUCCCUCAUUGAUAACUUUUAAGUUGUUCUCGGUGCAAGAGGGGUGAAUAUAGACUCAGAUUGAAAGUGACCUGUUUUUUUAAUUGAUAUUAUUUUAAUGUGGGGGGUCCUCCUCCUGGCUUGAAGAUCAGCUGUAAGAAAUGAAAGACGACUUUUAGCUUCUCUUUAUCUGAAUGGUGGUGAUAUUUAUUGUCUUUGGCCCUUGCUCAUUCAGAAACUUUUUUUCUGCUCCAUUGCUUU